GCACGCUACGUCAGCGCCUUCUAUUGCUGAUUGCUUGCCUACCUGAGCAUCCCGAUUUGUCGCUACAACGCAUACCUUGAUCUGAAGCGUCCGCCUGUCGAGAGACUCUUGUCUCGCGCUGCAUCAUGGGUGCUGUACAAAGCGACCUCAAAUCGACCAUCGUCCAGGCCUCGUCGCCGGACGUCGCUAUUCCAUCGACCCUGACCGACUUCUGGCAAACAUUUUGGCAGCGACCAGAAACCGCCGAACAUGUCUUCGAGACCAUCACCCCGUCAGACCUUCGCACCAUGCGCGACCACCCCAAAUCCUUCAAGAACUUCGAGACGUUGAUCCUGACUGUUUCUACACGCCUGAUACACCUCCGCCGUGAUGAGGACUCACUCUUCGCAAAAGACGCUGUUGCUUUCAUACGCGAGGCUCUGAAUUGUGUCCGCACCCUUACCCGAGUCCUGCCUUUUGUCUACGAAUGCGAUCGCUUGUGUGCGUGGGAGCAAUCUUUCUUUUGGGAGCCCACAGACGAUACCCGCCCGCCUGGAGUCUCCCGGAAUAUCUCUGGCGAAUCCGCCACGGCCGAGACUCUGCAUCAUUCUGAAGACAACUCUCGUCCCGAUACCUCUGCGUGUCUUGGAGAGGAACUCAUCGAUUCCCUGCUGGACUUGGCCUUUUGGUCAGGCUUCACCCUUCCCGUCAACAUGAAUGGCAGGAACGGUCCUACUUAUGGCUUUUGGCAAAGCGGUAUCGCCUAUGAGCGACGCUUGGAGACCAGUAAAGAGUUUGAGAGCCGAAGGACCGAGAUCAUGCAGCUUCUUCUGGUCUUGGAAAGCAAGUGCAUAUACAAGCCUGCCAAUGCUUUCACAACACUCGGAAGCGAGGCUGUAGAGUUCAUCUCUAACCAUCGUGAUCGCAAAAAGGUUCAGUACUUGUUGUGUUCGCUUCUAAACACAGUCCUGAAGUACCAGCCUGACGCUCGCUAUCUGUCGCCUUCACCUAGAGAAGUGCACGAAACCCAUGUGCGUACGUGUCUGCACUUUUUGCAGGUCAAUCUGUUGAACAGAUCGCCGUGGGUCGAGGGCUCUGCUCCACCCGACAACCGUUUCCGCGACCUCUUCUCCCAUCUCCACAAGGCAACACAUCUGCAGUUCUUAGCCGAUGGCAUCCUCAAGAUCCUACGGCAGCCGCUCGAAGCAAGCAGUAACGGCCUGAACAUUGUACAGAGGCCGCUUCUUUGGGCGCAUGAAAUCAUCCCGCUUCUAUGGGAGUCGCUGUACUCUAACAAGUACUUCCGCGCCUUCAUCUGCGAAACUGGUCGCCAAUUCGAGCUCACUGUCUUUCUUCUCUUCUACAUCUUGGACCCAAACAAGAAUGUGGAAGGAGUUCAACGAGUUAGUCUUUUGUGCGUACAGACGAUGAGUGAGAAUCCUGAUUAUGCAAUCUCUUUGAAUAAGCAGUUCGAUGGGCACGACAACCUUCCAUCUUUCAUGCAGAUCAAGAAUUUCCAUGGCUCUUAUGCCGACUACCUGUUCACUUGGCUCCUCACUCUUCUCAAACCCAAGAAGAAUGGCCAACUUGACGCCAUGGCAGCUGCUCUAGUUGGCAUCAUUGUUAAUGUGUCUCCAUACAUCUUCAAUCUCGGUCGAGCAACAAGCUUGAAGCUCAUACAAUUGGUGGAUCUCUACACACGAAACUCUCUGUCGACCAGCGUCGAGGUCAAUGCCAUGGUCCUGACCCACAUGGUCCGCGCAGUGAACUCGAUGCUGGAGGAGCACAAGCCAGGAGCAGAGAACGAAAAUCUACUCUGGGCUGUAUGGAAGUACGGAACAACGUUCGAGCAUCUAGCAGAUCUCAGGAUGGAAGUUGACUCGAACUUCAAGCAAAUUGUGGAACAGAUUCGUGAAAACGGUAUUGCGGAACCGACCCUUUGUCCCGAUGGCACUGUGCUGCACCCUUUGGUUGCUGCCAGUGACAUCGCUAACAUGGAUAAAGACAAGGCACCCCGACCACGUCUGGGUAGAGGACGUACAUGGCUAGAGCUUCGCGAUAUUUACAAUCCAGCAGCAUCUCCGACGAUGCUCCCGGUUGAUGAUGCGGCGCCACCUAGUGGUGAUGGUUCUGCCGAGAAACAGCCUUCAGUGUCUACAAGAGCCAUGGGCAAGCAACCAGAGAAGAGCAAAGAAUCGGCAGACUUCGAAGAAGAGAGGGCAAGAGCACUGACCUCUCCGUCUACAGACAUGGAUAUCGUUCGAGCGUGGCUUCCCCAAAUGCCUCUCCUCACAAUACUCUCGCUUUUCCUAGCUUUACAGGCUUGGACAGCUAAAUUGUUAGAAGAGAGAGGUAUGGAGACUAGCCAAGAAUCUGUGGAUGGCUUGGGUAUGGACGAAGUGCUACAGCCAGUGCGUAAUGUCGGCAGAAUCUGUGUGGAAACAACGACUCGAAACAUCCACACAUUCCCUAUGACAGCCCACUUUUCGGAAGCGUAUGCGGCCUUCUACUGGGGCCUGGUAGUUUCACAAGAUUUGCAACAUGCAUCGACAUCUGGAAGUGGUAUCUGGAGCAGCACCAACGUCAGACUGUUCAAAAUUCGGGCAGGAGAAGUUGUACCACCAAGCUUGUUGAGCCCCAAGGGGGCAGUGGAUGCUCUAGGGGAGAGUUUGGCAUAAAUAUAAGCAAUGAGGUGAACAAUCAUAUCAAGCAUUGUCGGAUGCACGGGUGAUACCCGGGUGUCAUUGGUUGGCGCAAUA